AUGGCUUCUCCGCAGGUGCGGGGAAGUACAAAACCCGCCUCGCCCGCUGCUGCUGUGGCUGCGGCCGGCUCCCGUCGUGAGAAGCGGAAGGCCGAUGCGAUCUCCGGCAGCAGUAACAGCACGACCACGACCAAGAUCGGUGUAGCCAUGGCUCUCACAGUGCUUCUCGUCGGGCUGCUCGUCCCCCUGGGCUUCAGCCCCUUCUCUCGGACCGCUUCGGCGCGGGAGCUCCCGGCCUUGGCCCAGGUCAUAGACCAGAAGAGCUUCAACGUCCUCGAGACGGUGCCGCCCCCCUCUGUGGCCAAUGCCUCCACGCUGUUCAUCUGGCCUGGAGUUACCGAGGAGUCCUUGACGGCAAAGCCAUUUCACAUCUACGAUGACGACUUCUACGAGGUUAUCGGCGACAACCCGACCUUGACUCUGCUUGCGCGAACUGAGUCUGAUCCCUUGUUUCACGAGGCGGUCGUUUGGUAUCCACCUACUGACGAGGUGUUCUUCGUCCAGAAUGCCGGAGCCCCUGCUGCGGGAACCGGACUCAACAAGUCGUCCAUCAUCCAGAAGAUUUCGCUUGCCGAGGCAGACGCCGUCAAAGGUUCCAGGAAUGCGACUGGGAACGUGACGGUCACUGUAGUGCCGUCGAACCCGCAGGUUGUCAACCCCAAUGGCGCCACUUACUACAAGGGAAACAUCAUCUACGCCGCCGAAGGCCAGGGAGACAACGUGCCGUCCGCUCUCCAGUUGAUGAACCCAGUAGAGCCUUACAACACGACCAUUCUUGUGAACAACUACUUCGGUAGGCAGUUCAACUCGCUGAACGACAUUGCCAUCAACCCUCGUAACGGAGACAUCUACUUCACCGAUACUCUCUACGGCUACCUCCAGGACUUCCGCCCGGCACCUGGCCUGCGAAACCAGGUCUACCGACUGAACGCGGAGACCGGGGCUUUGACUGUUGUCGCUGAUGGUUUUGUGUUACCCAACGGUCUGACCUUUUCGCCCAGUGGUGGCUACGCUUACGUGACUGAUACGGGUAUCAACCAUGGCUUCUUUGGCUUCAACUACUCGGACCCAUCCAGCAUCUACCGCUUCGACGUCGGCGACGACGGCACCUUCGACAAUCGCAAGACCUUCGCCUUCGUCGCGUCGGGCGUUCCUGACGGCGUGCACACGGACUCCAAGGGCUUUGUCUACGCCGGAUGCGGCGACGGCCUGCACGUCUGGAACCCGUCAGGCACCCUGAUCGGCAAGAUCUAUACGGGCAGCACCGCCGCCAACUUCCAGUUCGCAGGGGACGGCCGUCUCGUCAUCAUGGGCGAGACCGAGCUGUUCUAUGCUACACUGGCUGCAAAGGGCACGCCGCUAUACGAAUAG